AUGGCUAACCUCGUGCGUUGCGGUUUAGUGGCGCUUGCAGCUGUGUCACUGCAAGGAUGCAGUGACGAUUCUCCAAGCCCACGGCCACCAGAAACGACUUCGGUCACACUGCGAAAUGGUGUGAAAAUGCCUAUGCUGGCAGCAGGUACUUGGCAGUACAACGACUCGGUUGCAGAAGAGACACUGAUUGCGGCUGUGCAUGCUGGUUUCGUGCACAUUGAUACAGCCUAUGACUAUCACAACCAGGUUGGUGUUGGAAGAGGCAUCCAGAAAUCCGGAAAACCCAGGGACUCUCUGUUCAUCACUAGCAAGGUCCCUGGGUGCGGGCUUCAGAACACCACGGCCAAGACUGUGGAGCAGUGCAAGACUGAAACCGACGACAAGAUCGCAUUGGAUUUGCAGCAGCUCAAUCUAUCCUACCUUGAUAUGGUGUUGGUGCACUUUCCACCAUGCCCUGGAGAUGAUGGAAGCGCGGAGAGUCCAUCGGAAUGUUCGUGCUAUGGUCCCAAGAACGGCUGCAGCCACCCGCAGUCCUGUGACAUGAUCAAGGCACAGUGGAGUGUCCUCACGGAUGCCUACAAGAAGAAACAAAUUCGUGCCAUUGGUGUGUCCAACUACUGCAGUGCCUGCUUGGAGUGCCUGACUGGCAGCGAAGUCUUUCCAAUGAUAAACCAGGUGCAGCUGCACGUGGGGAUGGGAUCGGAUCCGGAAGGAUUUCGAACAUUUGCCGAGAAACACGAGAUCAAGCUGCAGGCCUACAGUCCCUUUGGCAGCGGCGGUCAUGGUUCCGAGCAAAUUUUGAAAGGCAACCUCACCACAUCCAUUGGAAAGGCUCAUGGGAAGUCCGCUGCACAGGUGGCUUUGAAGUGGAUCGUGUCCCACAACGUCUCGGUGGCAACCAAAUCCUCAAAUCCAGCUCAUUUGAAGGCUAACGCGGACAUUUUCGACUUUACGCUCAGCGAUACGGAAAUGGACAGCCUCGACAAGGCAACUUUUGCAUCAGAGGACACUCCGUCCUUCCUUUGCACGGAUUCCAAUCCCAGCGCAUCACAGGUGCAGCUGAAGAGCGAGAUGAGCGUAGUGGUCUGA